AUGGCCUCCUCCAGGCCACCGUCCCCUACUUCAAGAACGGAGUCGCCGUUUGGCCUUGGCUAUUUUUCAGUCCCGUUCGAGCGGUUUGCACGCGAGGAAUCAGAUUGGGCUGGUGCAUUUACACUACUAGACACGAUGGAGACAUUCUUCGACUCACAUAUCGACCUUUUUCAGCGGACGCUGCAGAAGCAGCUUCAAAAGCACAGCGAUAGGCUCAAGCUGAAGGCAGAAGAGGCCUUGAAGCUUAGGGAACUGUCGGGGGACGCGUUGGUGGAGAAUAUGGAACGUGAAGUGAAGAACUUCAAGCUCAAGGUUUCGACGCGCAUGACGGUUCUGGCGGCUUCCUGGCAGUCUGCUAAGGUCGUGAGGACAAGAGAGAAGCUUUCUUUCUUCUUUGGAGUCAUGACACUGCUUUUCUCCGCUCUGAUGUUCGGAACGGACCCCCAAUGGAUUCACGUCGCGUAUACUGUCCUUGGGUUAUACCUUCUUCCGCUACGAGCCUACACGUACAAGAAACGCGCAUGGCAUUACUUCCUCUUCGACCUCUGCUACUACGUGACAAUCCUCAACUUCAUCUUCCUAUGGGUAUUCCCCUCGAGCCCGACGCUAUUCAUCGCCUGCUACUGCCUCUCCCAUGGCUCCCUGGCUAGUGCGGUCAUAACAUGGCGGAAUAGUCUGGUGUUCCACGAUUCCGAUAAGGUCACGUCAUUAUUCGUCCAUAUCUAUGCCCCAUUUACCUUUACGACGAUCCGCCACUUCUACCCUGAUGCUGAAACUCGUUUCCCCGCGUUGCGAGAGGUACCCCAUCUAAAUCCCGGCAAGGCCCUGCUCCUCAGUGGUGUUAUCUAUGUGAUCUGGCAAACAUUGUACUGGAAGUUUGUAUUGAUUGACCGCCGCGCUAAAAUUCGGUCGGGACAGCGGACGACGUCGUUCUCGUUCCUCCUGAAUGACAAACGCGGCGUAAUCGGUAGAUCACUCUCGUCGGUCCCAGAGGCCUACAGAGAACUCGCUUUCAUGGCCGGCCAAUUGGUAUACGCCAUCCUGACCGAACUCCCUGCCGUGUUCCUGCUGUACAAGAGCCCCUUCUGGAGCGGGGUCUUCCUCAUCGCGAUAUUCGCUGUCAGCGUGUGGAAUGGCGGCGGCUUCUAUAUCGAAGUCUUCGGACGCAAGUUUGAGCGCGAGAUGGAGGCUCUGAGGAAAGAGCUGGCUGAGGCGUCCGCUCGGUCGUCUGGUCAAUCGAGCCCAGCAGGCAUGGAUACCCCGCGCACGAAGAGCACCGACGACCUCUCCGACGGUGUAUCGCCGCUCAUGAUCUCGACGCCGUUACCCAUGGACUCCCAGGACUCGUUCUCAUCGCUGGACACCACCGAAGCGAAGAAGGAUCAAUGA